GUGUCCCCUGCUUUGGCAGGCAGAUUCUUAACCACUGUGCCACCAGGGAAGCCCAGGAGGAGAUUAUUGAGUGAGACACGAAGCAAUCAUGUCAGGGUUGUGUGCAAAUUAAAUGGCAUGAAGUGAAGGUCAGGGUGCAUCUAGGCCUGAGUUCAGAGACAGAGGAGUUCAGUACAAGCUAGAGACUUCACAGCUUCCUAUAAGAGGUGAGAUGGGAGCUGAGCCUCAAGGGACAGAGAAGAGGAAUGGAUUGGUAGAAAGGAAGAGAGAGGGCAUCUCAGGCAGGGAAGGCCAGAGGGAGCACUGCCAUGGUCGUGGGAGAGAGGCUGGGGAGAGGUGAGCCUGAAAAGUUUGGUAGGGGAAGCUUGUCUUGUUAAGCACAGCCCUGAAAGCCAGGCAUUAGGGAGCCAUUGCAGGUUCUAUCCCUACACAGGCAAGCAGGGGGUGGUCUUAACAAUGUAGGCACUUUGAAUGUGGGAAGGAUUUUCUGAUUGCUUUUACAGAGUGAGAAAAAUAAAAGGUUGGAAGGGAUUUAGGAGAAGGGAGAGUUGCUGAUAAGGAGAUGGUUAGAAAAAGGCAUCCCCAUUUAUUGUCAUGCACACAUAGUUUAACUAUGAUGGAUAGAGUUUGGCAUUCCAGGUAACAUCUGUAGCACUGCAUCAUGAAUUUGAUCUUCUGUCCUUAGAGAUAUGCAAACAGCAAGUGGGUACCAUUUUCAGUCAUUGUGUUGCUGGCUGCCAUCCACAGUGUGGUGUCAGAUUGUUGCUGGUCUAAACAACACUUGGAUAAGCAUAUCUGUUCCCCAACUUCCUUCUGGAUUGUUUCCACUGGAUACCCUUCCCAAAGGGGGAUUUCUGACUCUAAAGGAACACAAGUUUUUUAUGGCUUAAAAUAUUUAAAACAUACUCUUUCACAGUAAUUUUCUUUAGAAUUUUCAGUAGGUUAUACUGUAUAGAGUUUUUUUUUGUUUUGUUUUGUUUUGAAGGAGCAAAUGUACAAAAGCAUAUACAAUAAAAAGUCUAUCCUGACCCAGUGCUCUCCUCCAGUUCCCCCUGAGGACAGUUAUUAAUAAGUUUCCUGUAUAUCCUUCCAGAAAUAUUCUAUAUACAGAUACUGUAUAUAUCCAAUUUUUAAAAACAUUGAUACUGUUACACUGUUCAGUAUCUUUCAGUUUUUAAAUUUGAGAUUAUGAAAUAUACCAAAGAAGCAUAGAAAAUCACACACACACCCCCAGCAACCCCACCACACAGACUUAACAAAUGUUUAACAUUUUGUGCUGGUAUCUUGUUUAGGGCUGUGCUGGAGGUAGCCCUAUGUCAGUGCAGCUGCAUACAGAGGAGUCCAGUUAUUGAUUAUAUGCAUAAUUUAUUUGGCCUGUUCCCAGCUCCCAGCUUUUUUUUUUUUUUUUUCUAUCGAUGUAGAGAUAAUACCCCACUUUGUAUAAUGUCUGCCUGGGGAGGCAUCGAGGCAAAGGGGAACGACGCUCGGCUUUGGCUUGGGUUCAAGUAUCUGCUCUGCCACUCUUCCUCACUGUGUAACCUGGGGUGAAUGACACCCCUCUUGAUUCUCUCUACCCAUCUGUAAAAUGGGCAGGUUGUAGUAAUCCGUCUCAUAAUUGCUAGGAGGAGUACAGUAGAAAACUAAAGACUUAAUUGGGUUUAGUUCCCCAAUUCCCCCUAAGCAGGGAGCUCUCCGAGGCCUCGCCUAGAGCAAUUAGAGCGCGGGACGAUUGCUGCUCCAGCUUCAAACUGUUCCCCGCCCUUUUCCCUGGCCACGCUGGGGGCGGGGUGGUUAAAUGUCUCUGUGACGUCAACGCGAGCCGGGCCAAUCCUCCUUCCCGACAAGCGUUCGCUUAUUUGCAUGGGUUGCCCAUUAUUGGUUCGUUGGGCCAUCCAGCCCCUCCCAACUUUUUAAAGCCACCGCGCAGUAUAAACAAGGAGAUGCGAGGCGGCCAGGCCAUGAUGUCAUCGCGGCGCAGUAGCUUUCGGGGCUGACGUCAUCUCCGGGGAGGUUGCCGGCCCAGGGCUGUUAGAGCCUUCCUAACCACUCGGACUGGCUUAAGAGCCGCUCCUGCCCCUUCGAAGAUCAGGUCCAUUGCACUUGUGUCCCAGGCGCCGUCCCGAGGAGGGGACCAUGACACAUUCUUAAAGGGCCAGCCGCCGGCAGCUGCGCAAGCCCGGCCGCGUCCUGCGCCGCCUCCCGCUCCCCGAGGGCCUGGGCCGAGAGACUGACCGCGUGUGGGCCUCGCGAGGCAGACGCCCGGCGGACGGACAACAAAGAAAGAGGGCCCCGGAAGAGCCGGACUGCCCCCGGACCGGGGUUGUGAGCCCUGGCCCAGCCCCUCCACCCCUCUGCCUCCCCUGAUGCAGCCAUGGGCUCUGGCAGUGACUAGGUGGCUGCCCUCUGCCCCUGUGGGUCAGCGGCGAUUCUCUGCAGGACCCAGCAGCAGCCCAGGCCAGCUCUGGGGAAGCCCUGGCCGUGAGGGCCCCCUGGCCAGCCCACCUACCCAGGAUGAGCGCUUACCCUCCCAGCAGCCGCCAACCCGACCAGCAUACCUCCCCGUAGAGGAGCGCCGAGCCUCGGCUCCUGCCGGCGGGAGCCCCCGAAUGCUGCACCCAACCUCCCAGCAGAGCCCGUUCAUGGUUGAUCUCCACGAGCAGGUGCACCAGGGACCUGUCCCUCUGUCCUACACAGUCACCACAGUGACGACCCAAGGCUUCCCCUUGCCUACAGGCCAACACAUCCCUGGCUGCAGCACCCAGCAGCUCCCAGCAUGCUCCGUGAUGUUCAGCGGGCAGCACUAUCCCCUCUGCUGCCUCCCGCCCCCGCAGCUGAUCCAGGCGUGUACCAUGCAGCAGCUCCCUGUGCCCUAUCAGGCCUACCCCCACCUUAUCUCCAGUGACCACUAUAUCCUGCACCCUCCACCGCCAGCCCCACACCCCCAGCCCGCUCAUAUGGCGCCUCUUGGGCAGUUUGUGUCGCUGCAGACCCAGCACCCACGUAUGCCCCUGCAGCGCCUUGACAGUGACGUGGACCUGCGGGGGGAUCAGCACCCCCUGGGGAGCUUCACCUACUCCACCUCUGCCCCGGGCCCAACUCUGUCCCCGUCUGUGCCCCUGCACUACCUGCCCCAUGAUACCCUGCACCAGGAGCUGUCCUUUGGUGUGCCAUAUUCCCACAUGCUGCCCCGGAGACUGAGCACCCAGAGAUACCGCCUGCAACAGCCGCUCCCGCCGCCACCCCCGCCGCCUCCGCCACCACCAUACUACCCCAGCUUCCUGCCCUACUUCCUCUCGAUGCUGCCAAUGUCACCAACAGCAAUGGGGCCCACCAUCAGCCUGGAUCUUGAUGUGGAUGACGUGGAGAUGGAGAACUAUGAGGCCCUCCUGAACCUGGCAGAGCGGCUGGGAGAUGCCAAGCCUCGCGGCCUCACCAAAGCGGACAUCGAGCAACUUCCAUCGUACCGCUUUCAUCCCGACAGCCACCAGUCAGAGCAGACGCUGUGUGUCGUCUGCUUCAGCGACUUCGAGGCACGGCAGCUGCUCCGGGUCCUCCCCUGCAACCACGAGUUCCACACCAAGUGUGUUGACAAGUGGUUGAAGCCCCCGCUGGGGUUGCUGCCCCGAACGAACCGCGUGUGGGGCCGGCACAUCCUAGCAGGCAGCCCCUGGCGCCUGCUGCCUCAGGGAUGCUCCAACCACCCUCGUUCUCCCGCAGCGGCCCUGGCCCCCCGCCUCCCCCCAGCCCGCCGUGGGGCCCCAUCAGCCUGGCCCCACCCCAUGGAGAACCCAGAGUCUUACUGUAUAUAACUCCAGGUGACAUUUCUAUAUUUAUAGCAGUGUUGAAACCCCACCUGUUUUACACAGAGAACUACCCUCUCCGACCCCCUCCCUUCCCCACCCCCCAAAAAAAAGGUUUUCGAAACCCUUAACAGUUCCUGGGGCAGGCGGAAACAGGCUCACGGAUGGUGUGUUGACUGCAGCAGUGAUUCCAACGAGCAGCUAUUGGGGGGGAAACACAACAUUAAAAAAAAAAAAAGUUAAAAAAAAAAGAUUUAUAAAACAAUUAUUUAGGAUGUUUGUGAUUUGCCGACCUUGCUAUAGAUGCCAUGUUACCAAUGAUUUCCUGUGGUGGGGGCUUGUCAUUGUUUACUCUUUUAUUUACCAACUUCUGGCCUAGGCAUGACAGUGGGUGCUGUCCCCCAGCCCUGGCUGGGCCCAGCGCCUGUGUUCUGUGUUAGAAAGAAAGGUCUUUUAUAUAUACAUAUAUAUAUAUAUAUAUACAUAUAUAUAUAUGUAUAUAUAUAUAUAAUUACAUAUAUAUAUAUAAAUAUAUGUAAUUUGGGGAGCCCUGUUCCUUGCACAUUUUACAGUUACCUCAUUUUUCCCAUGUAUGUAUUUGAGAAAAUGCUAAUAUAUAGAGAAAAAAAUGGUUCUUAAAGCUUAAAUGUGUGGUUUUCUCCAUUCCAUUGGAUUCACAUUGGUUUGUAGCAUUUAACAUAACUAGUAUGUUGUAUUAUAUAUGUGUAUACUGAUUGAAAUUUUUAACAGAUUUGUACUUUUUUUAAAAUGAAACUUGCUAGUUCUGCUUGACCAAGUAGUGCAAUCAUUAUUUUUUUUAAUAUUGUUGCUGAUUUCAGAGGGAUAUUCACUAAUAAUAAAUGUAUGAUGUAUAUCGAGUACUGCC